GUAAUCUUCCGAUCUUCCAGCAUGGACAACUUCGAACAGCUCCAGCUCCUUGGUCGCGGCGGCUACGCCAGUGUAUUUCUUGUCCGUAGUAACAAUUCGGACGAACUCUUUGCCUUGAAGAGAAUUCCGAGAUCGAAGAUCGUCACAGAACAACAGAAAGCGCGUCUGGAAGCGGAAAAGUCGAUUGUGCUCGUCAUCCGAAGCCCGUUCCUAUGUCGAGGCUUUCAGAUAUUUGAAACGACAGAAGAAGUCUCGAUUUUGCAAGAAUUUGUCGAUGGACGAGCGUUGUACGAGUGUGUUUGGAAGUACAAAGACACUGGGAGGUUCCCGGAAGACGUCGCCAAGUUUUUCGCGGCGCAAUUGGUCUUGGCACUGCGAGAUUUGCAUGCAAAUGGAUACAUUCAUCGCGAUUUUAAGAGUGGAAAUGUGCUGGUAGGGAAGGGUGGAUUCGCCAAGGUGAUAGACUUUGGAUUGUCCAAAAGGGUUUUCUCGGAUGGAAAGGAUGGCAACGGCGCUGGUCGAACGCAAUCUGUGUGCGGCACACACUUCGUCAUGGCACCAGAAAUGUUUUUCAAGCAAGCGUAUGGAGUUGAAAUUGACUGGUGGAGUUUGGGUGUCGUUAUCUAUGAAAUGGUAAUGGGUCAUCCGCCAUGGGGGUACCAAUGUCCAACUGACACCACAACGGAGGAGUAUUUCCAGCGGAUUAAGCGCUCAGCAGAUCACCCAUUCCACGGACAAGUUGAGACGAUUGUAAGUUCACUGAGUCCUGAUCUACGCUCGUUGAUAUGCGCUUUACUACAGAUUAAUCCUCAUGAGAGGCUUGGGACGAACGGGGCAUCCGAGGUACGCGUUGGCUUUGUCCACAAAUUUUGAUAGGCUUAUUGACGCGUUAUUUGACUUGCAGGUGAUGAAUCAUGUUUGGUUCAAUGAUGUCGACUGGGAACAGUUCGAGACGAACCAGGAUUCGAUUGUAGUACCGUAUGAUUUUAAU